GGCUACCGCGCCUGAUGCUCUCUUCGGCAUGGCGGGUCACUUAGGGCGUGUUGUCAAUAUGGCGAGCUCAAGUGACUCAGUCCGUACCAUGUCUAGCCGUUCCUUUCCCGUUGAUACUCCUACUAAUCUGUUGUAACCUAGCCGUUCCUCUCCCGUUGAUACUCCUACUAAUCUGUCGUAAUCUGCACUUCACUCCCAUCAAUUCUAUACUUUUCGAGCCAAUUCACAAUGCCGAAGCCUCUCUCCGCCGCAACGGCAGCUGUGCACGCGGACGACCACAUCAAUGUCCUAACAGAUGUCGCACCCGCAAUCCACACCUCAACCACCUUCCGCUACCCCCGCAACCACGCCGACCUCCAGCCCGUGGAGACGGGCUCCUCCCACUCCUUCCCCGCCCUCCAAACCCCCCUCGUCUACUCGCGCCUCGCCUCGGCCAACAUAAAUCGCCUCGAGACCGUACUCGCGCCCCUCAUCUACCCCAACACACCCGAGUCCGAGCUCGAAAACCUCGCAAACCAUGUCGUGAGCUACAGCUCCGGCCUUAGCGCCUUCCACGCGCUCCUCGUCAAUGUCGUCCCCAAAGUUAUCGCCAUAUCCGAGGGAUACCACGGGUGCCACGGCGUGAUUGGUCUGCACAAGAAGAUGCAUGGCGUGCGGACCGUGGACCUGCACGCGGAUGAGAAGGCGUGGGACGACGCGGGGCUGGGAAAAGGCGACAUCGUACACCUCGAGACGCCGCUGAACCCGACGGGCGAGGCCUUCUCAAUUCAGAAGUACGCCGACCGCGCGCACAAGAGGGGCGCGCUGCUCAGCGUCGACGCGACGUUUGGGCCGCCCGGGCUGCAGGAUCCGUUCGCGUGGGGCGCGGACGUGGUCAUGCACAGCGGGACGAAGUAUAUCGGCGGACACAGCGAUAUUCUCUGCGGCAUUCUGGCGGUUAAGAAGGGCGAGGAGGGCUACAAGAUGGCGGGGAAGCUGCGGGAGGAGCGGCUAUUCAUGGGCUCUGUGCUGGGGAGUCUGGAGGGCUGGCUCGGCGUUAGGAGUCUGCGGACGCUGGAGCUGCGCGUGCAGCGGCAGUCAUCGAACGCGACGAAGCUCGUUGAGUGGCUGAGCGAGGCGCUCAAAGGGAACGGCGAAGGUAGCGACGUGGUGAGCGAAGUGGUAUCGGAAGUCACGCACGCGAGUCUGCAAACCUCCGACUUCCCUUGGCUCAAGAAGCAGAUGCCCAACGGCUUCGGCCCUGUGUUUUCCUUCUACACGAAGACACCCGACCUCGCGCGCCAACUGCCCUCUCACCUGCGCCUAUUCCACCACGCGACGAGUCUAGGGGGUGUGGAGAGCUUGAUCGAGUGGCGCCGCAUGUCUGACUCUGGCGUCGACGAGCGGCUCCUCCGCGUGAGCGUUGGUGUAGAGAGCUGGGAGGACCUGCGGGACGACCUUGUCCAGGCUUUUGAGAAGCUGGCUGCGGGCGAGAAGGUCGAGAAUGGUGUGAGCCUAGAUGUGCAGACUAGGGGUAGAGGGGCGAAGAUGGAAGGUGGUGAUGGCGCGGUAUAAGACAGCAUAGAUUGUGGCUAUAGAAAGAGUUGAACACAAUAGACCAGGAGAUUAGAUUAAAAGGAGAGCGAAUCGGUAGACGUAAGGAGGACGGCUUUUGGAGUUCUAUCAGGAGUCACUAUCGUAUAGGCUCUGCUGAAGCAUCACAACAAACAUGUUACAUUCACGGGGAAGCUUGUAGUUCUUCAUGCACUUACCAUCCUCCAGCGCUACAAUCCUGUCUGGGGGAACUCACG